AUGGCUCGGUCGGCGGUUUUCUUGGCAAUUGUCGCGUUGGCUGGAGGUGUCGCUGCGCAGACGUGUAAUACCGGUGGUAUUUAUAGUGCUCAGUUCAACAGAUGCUACCAAUACUUCACGGCGCCGGCGCAAUUCGAGUUUGCCGAAGAGCAAUGUAACCUGCUCGGCGGUCACCUCGCCUCCGUUCAAAAUGGACAAGAAAACGCUCUCAUCCAAUCGAAUGCGGCGAAUUCAUUCAAGAAAUCCAAUUACUCGGAUUACUGGAUUGGCGCCAACGACUUGGAGACGUCUGGCACCUGGAAAUGGACGGAUCCCGCGGUGACGUGGAACUAUCAGAACUGGCAGCUCGGCGAGCCCCAAUCGGGCUCCGAUUGUGCAAUUCAAGACAAGGGAGACGGCAAGUGGUCGGCCAUCGGAUGCACUUCGUACCGCCCAUAUGUUUGUGUGACGCCCGUUAUUGUGACGGCGACAUGUCCACCAAUUACUACACCGGCACCAACCACAUGUCCAACCCCAGCUCCAUGCCCCGUCAAAAACUGUGUCCCCUCCUGCGACCAGGGAUGGACCUACUUCGCGCCAACCGACUUCUGCUACCGAGUCUACCACAACGCCAAGUGGGAUGACGCCGAGGCGGCGUGUGUUCUCCUUGGAGCGCACUUGACAUCAGUUCACUCGGAGACUGAGAACACGUUUGUUGCCAAUUUGGCCUCGUGUGGAAUUAAGGAGGGCAACCCGAAGGAUCUCGCAUGGAUCGGAAUGCACAAGGUUGGUCAAGAUUGGGUAUGGACGGACGGUACCAAGUCGGACUAUAUCAAUUGGGCACCCAAGCAACCCGAUAAUCCGGGAAAAGAAAAUUGUGUGGAGACGGCGCCGGACCUCUCGCACGAUAAGUGGUAUGAGAAUUGGAAUAACGAGGCGUGCAGCACCGAGAUGAGAGCCUACAUCUGCAAGAAGGGAUCAAUUCAUGCCUAA